CAUGGAGGGGCAGUCACCACUCUAGCACUGAGGGGGAAACGAGAGAGUGUCCGAAUUCGGGGAUGUUGGCCACGGCACCCGCAACUAUUUAGCCUCUCUUUCAUCCUUCUUCCCCCCCUCUGUUCCCCUCGUACCUACCUUCUCACCACUCCCAUCCGCUUCCUCUCUCCCUCCAUAAAUCCUUACCUUCUACUGUACCAUACCAUUCACAAUGGCUCAGGAUCGUGCUCCUCCUCUCCGUCUCGGCUCUGAGGCCCCUAACUUCGAGGCUGACUCCUCCAACGGCCCCAUCACCUUCCACGACUUCAUCGGCGACAGCUGGACCGUCCUCUUCUCCCACCCCGAUGACUUCACCCCCAUCUGUACCACCGAGCUUGGUGCCUUUGCUAAGCUCGAGCCCGAGUUCACUGCUCGCGGUGUCAAGCUGAUCGGUCUGAGUGCCAACGGCACCGAGUCCCACCACGCCUGGAUCAAGGACAUCGACGAGGUCACCGGCUCCAACCUCAAGUUCCCCAUCAUCUCCGACCCCGAGCGCAAGGUCGCCUACCUGUACGACAUGGUCGACUACCAGGACACCACCAAUGUCGACUCCAAGGGCAUGGCUCUCACCAUCCGCUCCGUCUUCAUCAUCGACCCCAAGAAGAAGAUCCGUCUCAUCAUGACCUACCCCGCUUCCACCGGCCGUAACACUGCCGAGGUCCUCCGUGUCAUCGAUGCUCUCCAGACCACUGACAAGCACGGCGUCACCUGCCCCAUCAACUGGACUCCAGGCGAUGACGUUGUCAUCCCUCCCCCCGUCUCCACCGAGGAGGCCCAGAAGAAGUUCGGCGACAUCCGCAUUGUCAAGCCGCUGUACAGUAGGUUCCUGGGACGAGCUGCCAGUCCCCGCUCACAGUCGGAAGGGAGGAUUGGAGCCAUGCAGUCGCAAUCCUCCAACUCCGGUCCGAUCAACCUGUCAGGCCUGGUAUGCAAUGUCCGUCGGACCACCGGCCGAGAGCCGCACCCUCUCGUGGGCGCAACGACUACCAUCUUAGGCGAUAGGCUAUACGUGUUCGGAGGCCGGGUGCUCUCCAAGAGUCGUCCGCAGUUGACGUCGGACAUAUACGAGCUGGACUUGAUCCGGCGUCACUGGACCAAGAUCGAGGCGACCGGCGAUAUUCCCCGCCCGCGGUAUUUUCACAGUGUUUGUGCCUUGGGAGACCAUAAACUUGUGUGCUAUGGCGGUAUGUCGCCUGCCUCAAACGUGUCCAAGGACCCUGCUGCCGCGAGCGGGGGAUCGGGGGGUCAGGAAGCUCAACCGGAAGUCGUGGUCAUGUCAGACAUCCACAUCUUUGACGUGCCCACUCGGACUUGGACCCGCGUGCCAGCCAUCGAUUCCCCCCAAGGUCGCUAUGCGCACUGUGCGACAAUUCUGCCCUCCAGCGCCCAUUUUACCUCAGCCACCGCACCUCUUUCGGCUAUACACCAUAACCCGGCGUCUUCGAACCCGCACCAGGGCACGAUCGGAGUGGAUAUUGAUGGGUUUGGGGGUGCCGAGAUGGUCGUGGUCGGAGGACAAGAUAGCUCCAAUCAUUACAUCGAGCAGAUCAGUGUCUUCAACCUGCGGAGUUUGAAGUGGAUGAGCACCAGCACGCUUGGCCGCAGCUGUGGUGCCUACCGCAGCGUGGUUGCUCCCCUACUGGGUAUGAGUGUCUCCGAGAUUGGCUCUGCGGCGGAGGAUCGAGAUGCACAGGAGCCCAUUGAGGACUCCCAGGUCGAGGGUUGCCCAAUGCUUAUCUACUCUAAUUACAACUUCCUGGAUGUCAAGUUGGAGCUUCAAGUACGCUUGCCUGACGGUCGCUUGGUCGAGAAACCCAUGCAAAGUCAGGCCUCGCCCCCGGGGUUGAGGUUCCCCAAUGGAGGCGUCAUCAACGGUCAUUUCGUUCAGGAAUAUGCUCUUUGGGCACUGGACUUGAAGACUCUCACUUGGGGUCGAAUCGAUGCUGGCGGCUCGGUCUUCGGUCAGGGUAGUUGGAACCGCGGAGUUCUAUGGUCGAGAAGAAAUACCUUUGUUAUUUUGGGCCAACGAAAACGCAGCUUGGUGGAAGAUUAUAACCACCGGCAAUUGGAGGCUUUCGGUCUCUACAACAAUGCGUGCCGGACUGCACCCACCUCGGGCUAUGUCUCCUACAGUGCGCCAUCUGUCCCGGCUUCUCUCCAGUCGAAGCUUACCAAACUGACCUCUGGUGGACGACCGUUCUCUGCGGCCUCGGACGAACUAGGUCGUCUCGCCCACUCGCUACCUGAAAUGGCCGACAUGGAGCUCCAAGCCGUGGGAGGGGAACGCAUCCCCGUCAACUCGCGCAUCCUGACGCGCAGAUGGGGUCCCUACUUUAUUCAACUACUCCGCGACUCCUGCGAUGGGGGAGUCUCUGACUCUGCUACUCUUCGUCCUGCGGUUGCCAUGUAUCCCAGCCGCAACUCAAGUAUUACCAUCACCCCCUCGAUCGGCCAGAACAGCAACUAUUCCAACGCCAGCACGCUUGUCAGUAACCGCUCCGUCACCUCUAAAUCAUUACUAGCAAACCUCGAGAUACCCUCUGCGCAUUCUCUAUCGCCUACCGCUCGUCCCCGUGUACUCUACCUACCUCACACCUACCUCACCCUCCAGGUCCUUGUCUACUAUUUCUACACGUCCUCCCUGCCCGCUGUGGGCUCCUCUCUCUGCACCCCCCAGAUUCUCUGCUCCCUCCUCCAACUUGCCCGCCCUUAUCAGGUCGACGGCCUCCUUGAAGCCACGGUCGAACGCCUCCACCAAAUGCUUGACGGUCGCAAUGCUGCGGCUGUCUUUAACGCGGCCGCCAUGGCCGCGGGAGGAGGCCGUGGGACAGGGUUCGCCAGCGGGCUUGGUGGCACCUUGGAAACCCUGAACGGCGCUCACGCGGCCGCCACCGCUGCCGCGCAAGACCCCUCAGCGCUGACCACCACGACCACCAACACGACCGCCACCACGCAACCCUCCUCAGCGGCCCAAAGCCACCUCACCUCCGACUCGUCCGACACGGAACACGGCACCACCGCGUCGGCCGCCCUCUCGACGGCUAGCAGCGUCAGCGGCGUCGGGGCCACCUCCACCUCGCGCGGUAUCCCCCUCCGCAUCAACACCAACAUCUUCAGCCGCCGCCAGCGUCACAGCGACCGCGAGCGCGCGCGUGAGCGCGAACGCGAGCGGGAACGCGAACGGGAGGUGGAGCUCGAGCGCGAACGGGACCGCGAGGACUCCAUCAGCAACGCCAGCACCGCCACCUCGGCCUCGGCCUCGACGAACACCAGCUUCGACCAUUCCGACUCGGAGUACGGCGGCGGCGGCGAAUCCGCCGGCCGCGCCCGCUCCUCGUCGCAUCACCGCCGCAACACAGACGCCGAGCUCCGGCCCGAGCGCGAGAUCUGGACCGGCGACCCCAGCAGCGUCAUCGGCCUGCAGAAGCGGGGUCUCCGCGGGCUGAUGGAGGGCCGCCGGCUGCGGGAGCGCACGACUAAUCCCACGCCCAACGGCGGCAGUAACGGGCUUUUGGGGGUGUACGGUUUCCUACCUGUCUGAAGAUCUUCAGUCUGAGAAAGCUUGAGCGCGAGACAGGGAGAAAGUGUGUGCGAUUUCCAAAUUCAAGUAUAUAUUAUAUCUAACUUCACUUGGAUGGGAUAUUUUAUUUUGGGGGGGCAGGAAGGAAGGAAAGUUGGUAGGGUAGGUAGUAGUUAAUGAUGAACGAUGCAUGAC